AUGGCGGCGAGACCCAAGAAGAUGAUAAGGCUGAGGAGCAUGGACGGUAGAGAUUUCGUUGUGGAAGCGAAAGCGGCCAUGUCGUCGGAGACCAUCAUGAGGAUGAUGGAGGACGGGCACUCCUCCCUCUGCAUUCCAGUCGCCGGCGUGAAAGCCCACACGCUGGCGAAGGUGGUGGAGUACUGGACCACCCGCCCAACCGCCACCUUGAAGGGGUCAGACCGCAAAGGCGACGACGGCGAUGCGCUGAGGGAGCUCGCCAAGUGGGAGGAGAAGUUCGUCAGCAUCGACCUCGAGGCUUUGUUCGAGCUUGAAGAUGCGGCCUAUUUGUUGGAGGACGGGCCUCUGAUUGAGCUCACAGUAAGGGCCGCGCUCACGGGGAUCAGGUACUAG